GAUAUUUACGGUCAUACGUACAGAUAACACUGUAGAGAAAAUAUCACUAUAUUCCUAAAUACAUUUGAUAAUCACAGAAGUUAUUCUUAUACAUUGUUAUUAAUGGAUACAAACAAGAAAUAACAGUUAAUGGAUAACUCUAUCGCUAGCAGGAUACGGGGCCAAUUUAGCGAUAUUUGGUGUAGCAAGAUUCAUAAGGCGACUCAAUUGCACUGUUGCAGUUCACUUCAUGGCUAACCUGUAUGUUUUCAUUUGCUCUUGACAGGGAGUGGCUGAAGGAGGACUAAUUCUAAGCAGGCUGUUGUGUCACUCGUCCCUUAUUAUUUCCUCUUCAGUGAUAAGCAGUCAUCAGCAUGGCAACUGUUGGUGUUAAAGCAGUUGAUGUGAUUGACUUUUUCCCGGAUGUUGGUGAUGACCUUAGUAAAAUUACGUGGGGUCAUGCCAUCAAUGACAAAGAUUUGUUGCAAAGUAGCAUUGAUAAUUCAACCAUAAUGAUGUUAGAAGCAGAUGUGUCCCCAGGACGUUUGAUAGGUCAGUCUCCAGAUGAUCCUCACAUUCCCAUCAUGGCUCACCCUCCUUAUGAAACUUCAAAUCUGUCCCUAGAAAUGUGGAUUGAUGAAGUAAUUAAGGCUAAUGAGAAUGGGAAGAACAAAGGAGCCAAGCUUGAUUUCAAGAGUUUGAGCAUCGUCAAGUAUAGCUUAGAAUUAUUGAGAAAUAGAACAGAAAGGAUAACAUUCCCAUUGUGGCUGAAUGCUGAUAUUCUCAAAGGUCCUGUAGGAAGCAGCCGGACUCCUGUUGAUGCUGACAAAUUUCUAGCUCUAUGUACAGAGUACUUUCCUCAGGCCACACUGUCAGUGGGAUGGACAACUCAGUACUCAGAGGAAGAUAAACCUGGUGCAUACACAAAGGAGAUGGUUGAGGAGAUGACAGCCACACUGGAGAAAAAUAACAUAACUCAGCCAAUCACGUUUCCGAUACGCGCUGCUUUUGUAGGAGAGUCUUUAGAGAACCUAGAGUGGCUCCUUGACUCCAUUCCAGACAGUACCAUUACUAUAUGGAGCUCAGAAAGUGACAAAAUUGAAGUUCUUGAUCUCAUAACCUUGCGUGAUAAUGUAGGUGAAGAUGCUGUUUAUGUUGACCUGCCAGAAGAACAGAUGAAGGAAUUUGAAGAAGCAAAGAAUGGGGGAGAAGGGAAUGGAGCUGUUGGAUUUCAGCUUCUUCCAAGUAAUGUGUCUGUGUGGGUAACAACAGGGGUUGCCAUUGCAACAGCAUUGGCUGCUUUGUAUUUGUAUGACUAACCUUUUUUUUUUUUUUUUUUUAUACAAGGUAGGAAACUACGAUAUAAAGCAUUUUAAUCAUGCAUGCAAAGACUUUCCAACAAACUCACACUUACACUCACACUUUUUUUCCUACCUCCUCCCUCUUCCUUCUCCCUUGUUUUUUUUUUUUACUCUAUGCUCCUUCUCUAUUCUUUAUUCCCCUUUCUCUCCGCUUUCUCCUCUCUCUCCUGCCUUCACUUUCUGUGUUGUACAUAUUACUAAUGUUUAAGGUAACAGAAUACUUUGUAUACCUAGGUAAGAUAUAUAGAUAUAUACCUAUAUACACAAUUAUGGGUGACUUUAAUGGGUGAGGAAAUUAUAUUACUGGUUAAUGGUAAUUGUACUGGGUAUAUUCUUCCAUAUUUUUGACAAUGGAAUAUUAAAAUAUAUCUCUAAUAA